AUGAAAUUAAGAUAUGAGGUGAGUAAAGUCAAGAAUGUCGCACUCGACAUGCAAUCGAUUGUUUUGUAUCAAAUUCCAUUUUCACAUUUUUGUGACAAAGUACGAUGGGCACUAGAAUUUUAUUCUUUACCGUAUGAAGCUGUCAACUUUACUGGUCGUAAAACACCCGGAUACAUAAAGGCUCCACGAGAAGUACAAAAAUUAACACCACUUAUCGAAGAUCCAAAUAAUGAUUCGUUUUUUCUCUCUGAUUCCACACCAAUUCUCCUUUAUCUCGACGAACGUUACGGAAACAAGCAAAAAUUAUUUCCAGUCAAUAAAAAAGACGAAAUUGUGCAGUAUUGUCUUAGUUUAGACAGUGGAUUAGGUUUAUAUGCUCGCCGUCUAGCUUAUCUCUACAUAAUUAGUGAACAUCCAGCAAUUCUAUCUGCUCUGGUUGACUUUCGAUACGACAAGAGUUCUUGUAAUGAUUGGAAAUCUUAUUUACUCGGUUUAGCUGGUUCUUGCGUGAUUAUGUCUCGGGUGGGUGUCGAUCGAAUUCAAGAAGAACAUAUUUUCGAGAAGACAAUAUGUGUUCUCGAUGAAAUUCAAAACGAUAUCCAAGGAAAGGAAUAUUUAUUCGACAACCAAUUUACUGCUGCUGAUCUAACAUUAACUUCACUUAUGGCUCCAUUAAGUCUUGUGCCAGGUAUCCACGAAAAAUACAGAGUGAUAUUCGAUUACUGCGACCGUAUGCGGAAACUACACGAUCCAGAAAAAGAUUAUAAAUCAAAUGCUCAACGGCUCUAUGAAACUCGACCGAAAAAGUCGUUUCCAAUCGUCCGAAGUAUUAUCUGGUUGCUUGUUUCAAUUUUCUUGUAUCCGUUACAAUUUCUUUUUGCGAAAGAUUUAAAGAAGAAACAGGAAUUACAAUAUCCAUCGAACGAUGCUGAAAAGAAAGCCAAAAAUGAUGUUCGAGUGUUAAAAUGGACUACAAAGAUUGAAUCAUUGAAAUUUUUCCUGAGAAGCUUUUGCAUUUAUUGUUUUAUACUACCGAGACAACUGGAACACGUUCAAAACGAAGAAAAGAGACUUUUAAGUAAGGAAUAG